AUGGCAACCAAAACAGAUGGGCUGACGCACCAGCUCUCUGCAAUAUUAUGUCUAUUAUCAGUUAACACCGUUAGUGCUUAUUACUGUGAUAAUGACAAAUGUACAGAGGAAGAAUACUGCUGUGGUGACAACAUGUGCUGUCCAUCAUACAAAGUUUGGGACCUUUGGUAUUUCUGGUGCGGUGUGCUCUUCUUUUUGUUUCUUCUGUCCAUAUGUGCUUGUCUGUGGAGGUACAGAAUUCUGUCCACUAGUGGUGCCAUUGUUAAUGAUUACAGUUACACAACUCUCAAGGAAGAUGGAGCAGUGAGAAUGUAUCCAGAUAUUGCAGCAGCGGGAAGAUACGUGUCCGGCAGUAACACCAUAUAUACACCAUCUGUCAGAUCACCACCUCCGUAUUCUCAUGUCUCGGCAGGGAGCUUUAAAAUAGCUACUGCACCUCCUUCUUAUGCACAGAUUGUUGGAGUGAGAGAGUUUAAUUGA